AUGGUGAACUUAGACGUGAAUGGUAAAUCUGUGGUGAUCACUGGAGGCAGUAGAGGGCUUGGCUUGCAUUGUGCUGAAGUUUAUGUCUUAAAUGGGGCCAAGAGAGUGGUUAUCACAUCAAGGAAAGAAGAUCAAUGCAUGAAAGCAGUGCAAUAUUUGAAGGAUCUGUCCACCACUGCCAAUCCUGAGGUGGAAAUUGACUUCAUUGCUGCCGAUCUGUCUACGGACGAAGGUGCCAAGAGACUGAAGUCAGAAUACCAGCAAAGAUAUGGAGAUCGUCUGAACAUUUUGGUUGCUAACGCUGGAGCAACUUGGGGUGCUAACUUUGAAGAUCAUUCAAGAAAAGCUAUAGAUAAAGUAUUAGGCUUGAAUGUUGCGGGUGUGUUCCAAACGAUCCAACUUUUUGGAGAGUUUUUGGAGAAGGCUGGAACUCCAAAAGAUCCAUCCAGAGUACUCAUCAUGUCCUCGGUCGCAGGGUUGACGACUUCUUUCCCUGCCGGGGGAACCUAUGGAUAUUUAGCAUCCAAAGCAGCAGUUUCUCAUUUAGGUAAAACCUUAGCUGUGGAACUUGGGCCUAGAAAUAUCACAGUUAAUGUUCUAGCACCAGGAUUCUUCCCAACAAAAAUGUCCAACGGUUUACUAGACGUAGUUGGUGAUCAGAUGGUGAAAAACAAUCCAAGACGAAGACUGGGCGAGAAAGAAGAUAUCCAGUAUCUGGUACUGUACUUGAGUUCAUCUUUAAGUAAUUACGUAAAUGGGGCAGUGAUUCCUUUAGAUGGCGGGUCACAUCUUGUUGGUCUGCCCAAGUUAUAA